UCGUGAUUCAUGAAAAGGUUGAUGAUUUGAGCGGGAGGAUGUAGGGCGAUGACCCAAACACGUGCGUUUGAGGCUGACCGAUCUCCAGCAUAAUCUGGAUAUCAUGUCACACCAAGGACUUCCCUCCUGCGGGGGGAAGAACUAUACGAACGACUGCUUGUCCACUUGCCGAGGCAGGGUAGGGCUCUGUAGUUCCCUUGGACAGUGCUCGAUGAUUACCUACCUAGGUAGGCGUUAUCAGAACAAUGACCUUCAGGUGCCCAGAUUGCCCUUGUCGAUCAGCCAUCCAGGCCAAUUGGUAACGUUAUCUGCCAUACAUGAUACAAUACUCGUAGGAGUCUCGGGUCGAUCGCGGCCAUUGCCUUUCGGUUCGGCUAUUUUAUGGGGCUCUCUCCUUGUCUCCGUGGCCCUGGCUCUGUCGCAGUACUUUCGGGCGGAGAACAGGAGAUCUCUGAACCGAAUAACCGGUGGAGGGGGGCGCUGAUUCUCUUCUAUACUGGCAACGUUUAUUGGGAUGACUGACGACAACUCUGGUUGACCGUGGGAGGGGUGAUUUUCAGGAACGGCGGCGCGAGGUUGGAAACUAUGCGACUCUGGAGAUGGUCGGU